AUGUUCAACAAACCGCUUUUUCUCACUUAUGUCUACUUGUUCAUCUACAUCUUGCUCUCUUCUGGCGUCAUUUUGUAUAACAAGAUUGUGUCUCCUGUCAAAAUGACAUUUGAAAUAUAUGCAACAUGUGUGGUACCAAUAAGUGCUUUCUUUGCAUCUAGUCUUUGGUUUGGUAACACUGCCUACUUGCACAUCUCCGUGGCUUUUAUCCAGAUGCUCAAAGCUCUGAUGCCGGUGGCAACUUUUCUUAUGGCUGUUUUGUGCGGCAUUGACAAAGCAAGGUGUGAUGUGUUCUUGAACAUGUUGCUGGUCAGUGUUGGAGUUGUCAUAUCCUCCUAUGGGGAAAUUCAUUUUAAUACAGUUGGUACAGUUUACCAGGUCACAGGCAUCUUUGCAGAAGCUUUAAGACUGGUCUUAACACAAGUCCUUCUGCAGAAAAAGGGGUUGACAUUAAAUCCUAUUACAAGCUUAUAUUACAUAGCUCCCUGCAGUUUUGUAUUUCUCUUUGUUCCUUGGUACCUAUUGGAGAAGCCAGUAAUGGAAGUUUCACAGAUUCAGUUUAACUUUUGGAUCUUCUUUUCCAACGCUAUUUGUGCUCUAGCCUUGAACUUCUCAAUUUUCCUAGUCAUUGGUAGAACUGGUGCUGUAACCAUCCGGGUUGCUGGUGUGCUUAAAGACUGGAUAUUGAUAGCUCUUUCCACUGUUAUAUUCCCAGAAUCUACAAUAACUGGGUUGAAUAUAAUUGGUUAUGCUAUAGCACUGUGUGGAGUUGUGAUGUACAAUUACAUAAAGGUUAGGGAUGUCCGGGCCUCUCAAUUGCCUGUUGAAAGUAUUCCGGAUAGGAUCACAAAGGACUGGAAAUUUGAGAAGAAAUCAUCUGAUGUUUAUGUGCCAGAUAACAUUGAUGGCAACGAGGGAAGCAGUGGAGGUAAUGGAACUGCCUCUGAUAUGAAAAUUGAUGAAGAAACACCACUUGUUUCAUCAUCAAGGUUAUCUCAUAUUGGACGUACACAGUUAACCAACCAAUAUGCAACAGGAAAGUGA